AUGGGCAACACGAAAACUAAAAUACACAUCCCUCCCGAUCAGUUGCAAGAGUACAGUACGAUCAGCGGCUUAUCUGAAAGAGAAGUUCGAGAUUUUCUACAAGUCUUCUUAUCGGAAUAUCCUUCUGGUGAAGUUACUAAAGAAGAUUUUGUUGAGGAAAACAUUAAAGCACAUGGAGGCCAUUUACAGAUGUGGAAUCAUAUCUUUAAUGUGCUAGAUAAGGAUGAAAAUGGACUUUUGGAUGCCAAAGAUUUUCUAAUUGCUUGCAACAUUGGAGUAAAUGGAACCCCAGAGGAGAAAUUGUACUUUGCUUUUAAAGUUUAUGAUAUAGAUGGCAAUGGUUAUAUUGAUUACUUUGAGUUUUCGCAGUUGUUUCAUUUUACAUUUGGUAAUUUUCAAAUAUCUGACAAUUCACUCGGAUCAGAGCAGGAUUUUGCCAUGGAAGAUAAAGAAUUGUCUGAAAAGUGUCGCAAAAUCUUUUCACGUCUCGACAAGAACGAAAGAGGUAAAAUUUCAAUGCCAGAGUUUGUACACGGCUUGCGUGACGAUCCUGUGAUGAUUGCAAGCUUUACUUUGUUUUAA